CAGGAGACCCUCCAACACUAGCAGGGGAAGAAUACCUCCAGGUCUUCAGGAAAGCAAAGUCAAGCUGGAUCUAGAUCCCUGGUCCCCCAACUCCCAGGCAGGGGCAGACAGGCAGCAGCUCUGAGAGCCUCAGGAGACUCUGAACUGCGAGGAGUGUGGGGCAUUUCCCAGAGAGGGUCAUCAUGGCCUACAAGAAGGGGUGCUCGAAGUGCUCGAAGUGGGCCCUUGUCAGCAGUGCCAGUGUGGCUCUGGUGUUCAUCAUCGGGAUGAUCCUGUGUUUCUCGCUGCAGCAGGGCAUCCUGCCAGGCUGUGAGCAGGGUGCGGUCUGCCGCUCCGACGCGGACAUGCUGGACUACCUGCUGAGUCAGGGUCAGAUCAGCCAACACGACGGCCUGCUGGUCACCUGGUACCAUGCUGCCAACAGCCAGAAGGAGAUGAGGGCUGCCCUCAGCAGUGACGCUGUGGCCCUGGAGGCAGACGUCACGGUAGAAGGGCUCGGCACAGUCAACGAGACAGGGGUCCCCAUCAUGGCGCACCCCCCAGCCAUCUACAGUGACAACACCCUACAGCAGUGGCUGGAGGUCGUGCUGGCCUCUUCCCAGAAGGGCAUCAAACUAGACUUCAAGAGCAUCAAGGCCGUGGGCCCCUCCCUGGACCUCUUGCGGCGGCUGACCGAGGAGGGGAGAGUUCAGAGGCCUGUGUGGAUCAAUGCCGACAUCCUGAGGGGCCCCAACAUGCCCAUUCCGAUAGAAGUCAAUGCUACACAGUUCCUGGCCUUGGUCCAGGAGAAGUAUUCUAAGGUAACCCUGUCUCCAGGCUGGACCACCCUCUACCUGCCCCUGUUCCCAAAGGGGACGUAUACCCGAGCCAUGGUAGAGAAGAUGCAGGGGCUGGUGGAAGGACUGCCACAGAAGGUCACCUUCCCUGUGCGGGCUGUCAUGGUGCGGGCUGCCUGGCCCCACUUCAGCUGGCUGCUGGGCCAGUCUGAGAGGUACAGCCUGACGCUGUGGCAGGCCACCUCGGACCCCGUGUCAGUGGACGAUCUCCUCUACGUCCGGGACAACACCGCCACCCACCAAGUCUACUAUGACCUCUUCGAGCCUCUCCUGUCGCAGUUCAAGCAGCUCGCCAUGAACACCUCACGGAAGCAAAGCUACUACACGGGAGGCAGCCUGAUCCCCCUUCUCCAGCUCCCUGGGGAUGAGGGUCUGAGCGUGGAGUGGCUGGUUCCUGACAUCCAGGGCAACAGGAGCACAGCAACAGUGCGACUCCCAGACAGAGAAGGCAUGAUCCUGCUGAAAGUUGGCCUCCAGGAGCCUGCAGCUGGGGACCCCGUGCCCAUCGUACGUGCCCCAGAUGGCCGUGCCCUGACACUGGAGUUCUGCCUGCUGCAGCUGGCCACGCGCCCCGGACGCUGGGGCAUCCAUGUGCACAUAGCAGAGCCCACAGCCCUCCGGCCAUCCCUGGCCACACUGGCCACCCUCUCCACCCUUGGCCACCUGCCUAGGCCUGUGUGGGUCGGGGCCACAGUCUCCCACGGGAGUUUUGUGGUCCCUGGCUACGUGACUGGCAGGGAGUUGCUUACAGCUGUGGCCGAGGUUUUCCCCCAUGUGACGGUGGCACCAGGCUGGCCCGAGGAAGUGCUGAGCAGUGGCUACAGGGAACAGCUGCUCACAGAUAUGCUGGAGCUGUGCCAGGGCCUCUGGCAACCCGUGUCCUUCCAGCUGCAGGCUGGGCCGCUGGGCCAGAGCGCGGCUGGGGUCGUGGCCAGGCUGUUGGCAGGCUCCCCCCGGGCCACUGUCACAGUGGAACACAGCCCUGGCUGGGGCAGCUAUGCAUCUGUGUGGGCAGUGCUGCUAGCAGCCAGGGCCGUGGAGAGGACCCGAGUCUACUACAGGCUACCCCAGAGUUACUACCAAGACUUGCUGGCGGAUGUUGGCAGAAAGUGACCACCCAGGGGUGCUGGGCUGGUGGACCCCUGGGCCCAGGCUUCCCACGGGGGUGGCAGGAAGGAAUAAAUGCCUCUGCCUUCCUCAGUGCA